GAAGUAGUGGGGCUGUGCAUAGAGCCCAUUGUGCAAGAAAAAUAGGUUUACCUGGUGGACGUGUCCAUUAAGGUGAGUUUCAGCAGUUACUUGUUUAGGGAGUUCCUGAAAUUAUGGCAGAAAACGACAUGGGUGAUGCAAACCUCUACGAGUUCGACGCCCCCUCCCAUGUUGUGGACCUCAAAGAACUAGAAGAUGACAAGAGUCAAGACAAAUGGUUUGAAGAGCAGGCUGCCAGAGAUUGUCAGCUCUUCACACCUUUAAGACCUGACCCACUGUUUGUGAGAAAUGAUAAGGACAAGUUGCCAAGAGCUGCUGUACCCCCUCAUGUGAAGAGAGAUGUGGAAUCUGGUCCUUCCACGUCUCCACUUCCAAACAUAGUCACAUCAUGGGGCACUGGUGCUUCUGUUGAUGUUGCUGGUGCCCGACCAAAGCAGACCACUGGUCAGCCCCCUGCCCAACCACGCAGGGUUUCAAAACGUAAGAGUGCAUCCAGUGUUCCAGCUGCUCCGCCUGUCAAAAAGUACAAAAAGACUCCAGUCACACAACGAGCCAAGAAGUCUACUGUUGCCUCCAGGAAUGGACAGCCAGGUCAGACUACCAGGAACCCCUCUAGAAACAGAGCGGUGGCAUGUUCCACUAACACAGGGCAGAGUACCUCUGAAGAACAGGAGCUUGAGAGGAUCCGAAACCUCCAGAGAGAAGUUGCUUUACAUCGCAAGAAGAAUGAAGCCAGUUACAAAGCAGCACUGGCUGGAAACCCUCCACCAAAGAAGACGGCCAUGUCCACUACUGUGCCUAAAGAAUUCCGUUUCAACACAGACACUCGUGUAAAAGCAUCCUCUGCAGCAAGUAAUGACCACAAGGAAGUGGACUUCAUUAAUCUGCUUCGCAAGCCCUCCUCCCCAGCCAAAGCUGCAAAAGGUGCCACAGUGCCCAAGCCUUUCAACUUAUCAACGGGCAGUAAAAGAAAGCUGGAGGAGCCGGGCACUUAUGUACCAGUGGCACAGCAGGUUGAGCUCUUCUACAGAAAAACACCCGAGCGCUACCAUUUGCGCAGUCGCCAGCAUCAAGAGAGAGGGCCGUCCCCAGUGAAGAGGGAGAAUCCAAAGCUCACCCAGCCUCAGAUGCCUCACUUGCUGACCCAAAAACGGAGCCGUCUCUCCACUGCCAAGAGCAGCACUGACCUGGAGGCUGAAGAGGCAGAAAAACUUAACCAGUUUAAGUUCAAGGCUCUGGAGCUCAACAGGAAGAUUCUGGAAGGCACAGAGACUCUGAAAAAGCCAGCAGUGAAGGAACCAACUGUACCUGAAGGCUUCGAGCUGCAGGUGGUAAAAAGGCUCAAAGAGAAGCAGACCACCAAGAAAUCUCAGGAUACCGAAGAGAAACUGCACACUUUCCACGCACAGCCACUGCCCAAGAAGAUCCUGGAGGGAGUCGUAGAAAAGCAACCAUCACCAGUUAAGGCCCCACCGGUCCCUCACUUUGGCCUGCCCUUUCAGCCCCUGCUUUCACCGAGACACCAUGUGGGAGUUUGUCCCUUCUCCUUUGAGGAGAGGGAACGAGAAAAGAGAACACUAAGAGAGAAGAGGCUAGAGGAGGAGAGAAAUGAGGCGCCAAAAUUCAGGGCCCAGCCGCUGCCAGACUUCAGCGUAGUGGUCCUACCAGAGAAGAAGAAGCUGGAGCCCACAAAACCAGAGCCCUUCAAGCUUCUCGUGGAUGAGCGAGGAGCGAUGAAGAACCGUCGCUUGGAACAGAUAAUACAAGAGGAGAGGAAACAUCAGGAGGAAGUGGCGCUGUUUAAAGCCAGACCCAACACUGUGAUUCACAAAGAACCGUUCCAGCCCAAAAGAGAAGGACGCAGCACAGUGGGUCUUCAUUCUUCCACAGCCGUAGAGGCGUUCGAGCUGUCCACAGAGCGGAGGGCCCAGGAGCGGCAGGAGUUCGAGCGAUUGGCCAGCGAGAAGGAGGCGCUGAGGGCACUAAUGGAGGAGGAACAACGGCGUGAAGAAGAACAACGGGAGAAAGAGGAGAUCGCCAGACUACGACAGGAACAGGUCCACAAGGCCCAACCAGUCAGACAUUAUAAGACUCUGAAAUUAAAGAAGAGUGAAGUUCCUCUCACUGUUCCACUGUCACCCAACUUCUCUGACCGUUUCCGCUUGUAAUUAUUUUAUUAUGUAAUGCAUUUUUACACUUGUUUAUAUUUUACUAAUUG